AAACUAAGACGGCUCUUCUCCGCAGGCUACGUUUGUGUACCGCUAUCGAUGACGAACAGCGCAGAAACGUGUCCCUAUAGGAGAAAUGUUCUGCUGGGUUAAACCGAAAAAAAGCGAUUAAACCCCGGCCACAGGAUUCUGUUACAGCACUACUCUGGGAACAUGACAGCAUUUAUCGCACACCCCUCUGUGAGGAUCAAAGGCACGGAGAACAACUACAACCCUGUUCUGUGUCAGGAUGAAAAGUGUGCUGCCAGUUCCAAAGGGAACCACAUGCAUUGCCCCUUCUGUAGCAUAGCAGAGGCCUACCAGGACCCGGUCAUCCUGCGGGCACACUACAGGGUCAAGCACGUGGACAAGGGGAUCGACUUUGCAGGCUUGAAGGUGCUGCGCUGCUGUAAUCACUGUGAAAUCGUGGGCACCAUUAAGGGGGAAAAGAAGUUUAAAGGAGCUCACUGGCAUUGCUACCGCUGCCGCAACGGCUUCAACCGUCGCGAUGAGGCUGUGAAGCACUACAAAACACACUUUCGAAACCCACACACCACCUUCCAGAUCCAGAUCACACAGGAGGUGAACAGCAGGCAGUAUUAUGAACAGAGUGCGGAGGCCCACCCAAAAGCCUAUGGAGGUCUCGCCGUCACAGCUGGCUCAAACGGAGACUACAGCACUAUUGGCUCAGUCCUAGCGCAAACUGUCAUUGCUACGGCAACAGGCACAGAGACCCUCAUCACUGAAGUCUCUAAGGACAGCAGUGUGAGCAAUGGGAUCACAGUGGGAGCGGAGGAGACAGUGGGGCCCUGCCCCCAGUCCUCGGGGAGACAGACACUGGUUCUCAUGGACCCUGAUGGAGAGAGUGGGAACCUACUCUAUGAAGAAACAACCAAUAUCAUUACAGAGCAGGGUGGGGAGAGUCUUGAUCAGAACCUCUUGCUGGAGAAGCAGCUGAUAGAGCUCCAUCAACACAACCAGGCACUGCGGCAGGAGAAAGAGGAGGUGGAGAAGAAACUCGGAGCAGAGAUCCAGGAGCUCAAGGACCAUGUGGCCGGUCUUGUCCAAGCAAAUGUGAAGAUGUUUGAAGAACUGCAGGUCUACCGGGCAGCUGAUGACACUGAGCAGAAGAUCAGUAAGAUGAUGGAGUCUAUGGAAAAGCAGCACCAGGAGCUCCUGCAGACCCAGCUGGCAGCCCUGCGGAAGGAGAUGCUGCAGGGGGCAGUGAACGGGGAGACUGGGGGGACCCUGCAGCUCGCCCUGCCACAGGACAGUGAAGGGGGAGGGGAUAACGUUAUCUCUUUUCUGGAACCCUCGCAUGGCAGGGGGGCGGAGGCCGAAGCAGGGAUCACCUCGCUGGAGAUCAUGGAGGUGCAGCUUGAACACACACCCCAUCUCCCCAAAAUAGACAGCCCCCCUACCUCCCUGUACACUGCGGAGGAGCUGCACGAGCAGGGAGGCUUGUCACCAGAGAAACGAGACGCUGAGGAGCAGCCUGAGGGGGAGAGCAAAACUAAAAUUCCGAGGACCGUCUGAAAUUGAAAGACAAAGCAGUCAGGAUCCAGACCUUACCGUUUCUGUCUGGAGAAGAGUCGGAUUGUUUGUGCAUGCAGCAUUCCUCCUUGUUUCUGGAAACUUCCUGCCCACUCCAGGUCUUUGAAGUAGGUACUGGAACUAAACUGCUCAUUCCCAGUUUGGCAGUGCUGCAAGUCAUAAAGUCCAUCCCUUUCUUGACAAUACCAGUAAUUUUACAACCAAACAACAGUUAGAGAACAUAACGGAUAAUGCAGAAAGGUUUGUCCACGGUUUUCCAUCCCAUCCAGAUAUAUGGAUAUUUAUUCUGCAAAAACGGAUGUGAUCCACACUAUUAACAAUAUAAUAACUUUGGAUUCAUAUUCAAAAGGGGGUCCUGCAGGUAUUAUAUUGAAAACAACAGGUAAACUAUUAGAAAAUAAUCUUCCAAAUGAUUUUGUAUUGCAUUAAAGACAACUUUUAGUCUAGAAAAUGACAUACUCCAGUAAAAGUCAUUAUUUGUCUUUCUCUGUAACAAUCCCCAGGAGCAGAGACCCAUUAUGGUUUUCUCAGUGAUAUUGUGCCUUGUCUACCAGUGAGCUUACUGUAGCGGCUCGUGUGCAGAAACCCAGUAUGUAUGCAUACUGGUUUCUAUAAUAUUGGUUUGGAGGCUUCUGGUGGUAAAUUCUUACAUACUUUAUAUGGCCUCUGGUGUGUCUGCUGAAAUCCUCUUCACAAAUGUGUCCGUAAAAGGUUUUUGAAGUGUUACAAAACCCCCUGCAGUGUUUACAAAAAAAAAAAAACAUUACCUUUGCUGUAUCCUGUGCUGUCCAUAGCGCAGCAGCUGCAUAUUUCCCGAUAGUGUUGAUAUUUUAUCCUUGAUAAAUAAACUAGGGAAUUUUAUGUUUAAUUUUUUUUCAACUUUCAAUUUUUCUUCUAAACAUUGCAGUGUAUCCAGUUCAUGCUCCCUCCUGCGACACGCUGGUGGUGAUUUGAAAUGAGUGGCGUAUUGUAGGAAAACCAGCAUUGUUGCAGGAGGGAGCGUGAUUUGGAUACACUGCACUCCUUAGAGAUUAAUUUUUUCUCCUGGUGAGAGUAAAUGUUGAGAAAUAUAUUGCCCAGUUGGUUUUACCCAUGAUGUGGGAUUUUAACAUUUCAAGAGUCAGUUAACAAUGCGUUUAUUGUAAACUGCAGUAUGUUUGGUAACACUAACUUAUUUUAGCAUAGGGGUAAAUCAGAGCGUCUGCUUCUGUAGGAUGCAUUCACACUUCCAUUGCGUUUUGUUUGUGAUAAGAAUUAGUCUCACCCCCAUGGAUUGCUGUCUUUGUUCAUGCCAUCCUCAUUUUGAAGGAUAAUUGUGCAUGGUUCUUUCAAUUAAAAAAAUGACAUAAGAUUUGAGACUUUUUAAAAAACUACAUUUUAUAAGAAAACAUAUAACAAUCACUGCUUGUGCUCCUUUUUUAAUGUUAAUAUGAGAGGUGUCUAAUCCAGGGUAUAAAACCCAAGUGGAAGCUUACUGAGUUAAAAGCCUUUUUAAAACAUUGAAAUAUAACCCUGUAUGUUUUUGUAACAGUUGGAAAUGAGAAAGUUAAUUUGUUAACGAAAGGUUAAUUAACUCACAAUUACAUAUUGAACAUGUUGUAAAAAAAAUGUUUCAGCAUCAAAACACAGUUUUGAGUUCUUACAAGUCAAGUUCAGAGGUCAUCCCUUCUUGAUAAUUUCAUAAUAGAAUAAAGCUGUCUCAUAUUUCAGCAGAGACUGGUAAUGUCAGAUGUAAUCAAAUCUAUGUACAGAGCAGAUAGAAUAUUGAUGGCACAUAGUGCGAUGCAGGUGACUGUCUGGAACUAAAACAGACAGGAGAUGGUGACCAUUAUUACCUAUUGCAAUUUGCAAAUUCAGUUUAUCUUACCACCCUGGCCUUUUUAAUUUGCUUGCAACACAACAAACUGGAUUGACCAAAGAAUGCUGGUUGAUUUUAUUUUUGUUUUUGUAUUCACAUUCAUUGCUAAUGAUCCUGCACGUCAUGCGUUAAAACAGUAGCUGGAAAUACUAGUGCUGGAACGAGCAAAGAGUUUAAUCAAAAUGUAAAUUAAUAUUGGAACAUGUGUAAUUUGUACCAUAAUACAGUAAAAAAAAAAAAAAAAAAAAAAAAUUCUCUCGGGAGGGAAAUACAUGUGGUCAGUGUAUUUGUCCCAGCACUAGUAAAGCAUAUACAUUGUUACAUACAGGGUGCUUCAAAAAUCACUGAAUUGAACGUAAAAAGAAUGUGCUGCAAAGCAAUGAAACGUGGCAAGAAGUAAAAGUUGCAGCUCCCUCUGUGAUGCCAUUGUCUUACCUAAUGUCUACCGAUCCCACCUGCCAAGUCUAUACCACGUGCCUUUUCUUUAGCUAGAGGCUUUUGAACCAACCAAUAAAUGCUGAAUAAACUCCACAAUCAACAAUAUUGUAGCUAAAAAUGCUAGGAGAGUUUAGCUGCCAUACCUAAACAAGUCUAACUAAACUGAAUAGUGAAUUGAAUAUUCUGUUGAGCCAUUAAUAAGACAUGUUUUAGGGGUGUAUUAGUUAUAGCAAAUAAACAUACUGUAUACUACAGCGUGAAGGCAAGAUACCUAAUGCAGAAAACUGAAGCGUGAAAGGUGAAACUUUACACAAUUACAAAUUGUGGACAUAACCUGGGUUAACUGAAUUGUUUUAGAUGCCACUGUACCAUUUUGUAGAGCAAUCUUUAUUUAUGUUUUCCAUAAACUGUCGAUGUCAUGUUUGUGAGUCCACAGAAACAGUCUGAUUUAUACUGAAGUUAGCUUAUCUGUGUUUGAUAUGCAAUCAGGAUGGGAGAAAUUCCAGGGAAAUGUCUGGUUUUGGGAUUAGAUCAGAGUCCUCAAUUGCGUAGAGAACAAAUUAUACUUCUAGUUUUACAAUGAUGUACGUUGUAUAUAGAGUCACCUGUGCCUGGCUAAAAGUGUAAAUGGCAUACAGAGAGUUCUCCAGGAACAGGAAACAAGGCCACCAUAAGCCAGACUAAACCCUCCAGAUGCUCUACAUGAAGACUAGUUGUAUUUGCAGAAGAGACAGAUGUCUGUGUACAUCUUAAUAGAUUUGUACUGUAUUUAUUGCUAUUAAGGAAUUUUCCUUGACAAUAAAGGUUGCGUACACAACUGACCGACAAUAUUGUAGUUCAGAAGCCGCCUGUCUUGCUUACUUAAAUAAGCUGAACCUUUAAUUUAAUUUUUUUUUUUAACUUUGCCUUAUUACUAGUAAUGUAUGACUGUAUAGUUUUAUAACAAGAUAAAUUGUGCUAUCUUUGCAUCUGCAAGUAAAAACAUCUUUUGUCCUAC